AUGUUCGUGUGUGAUCUGGACUUCACUGAUGAUCUGGACUUCGCUGAUGAUCUGGACUUCACUGAUGAUCUGGACUUCCCAGAUGAUCUGGACUUCACUGAUGAUCUGGACUUACCCGAUGAUCUGGACUUACCCGAUGAUCUGGACUUCACUGAUAAUCUGAACUUCACUGAUGAUCUGGACUUCACUGAUGAUCUGGACUUCACUGAUGAUCUGGACUUACCCGAUGAUCUGGACUUACCCGAUGAUCUGGACUUCACUGAUGAUCUGGACUUACCCGAUGAUCUGGACUUCGCUGAUGAUCUGGACUUCACUGAUGAUCUGGACUUCACUGAUUAUCUGGACUUACCCAAUAAUCUGGACUUACCCGAUGAUCUGGACUUCACUGAUGAUCUGGACUUCACUGAUGAUCUGGACUUCGCUGAUGAUCUGGACUUCGCUGAUGAUCUAGACUUCACUGAUGAUCUGGACUUCACUGAUGAUCUGGACUUCACUGAUGAUCUGGACUUACCCGAUGAUCUGGACUUCGCUGAUGAUCUGGACUUACCCGAUGAUCUGGACUUCACUGAUGAUCUGAACUUCACUGAUGAUCUGGACUUCACUGAUGAUCUGGACUUAACCGAUGAUCUGGACUUCACUGAUGAUCUGGACUUACCCGAUGAUCUGGACUUACCCGAUGAUCUGGACUUCACUGAUGAUCUGGACUUACCCGAUGAUCUGGACUUCACUGAUGAUCUGGACUUCGCUGAUGAUCUGGACUUCACUGAUGAUCUGGACUUCACUGAGGAUCUGGACUUACCCGAUAAUCUGGACUUACCCGAUGAUCUGGACUUCACUGAUGAUCUGGACUUCACUGAUGAUCUGGACUUCGCUGAUGAUCUGGACUUCACUGAUGAUCUGGACUUCACUGAUGAUCUGGACUUAAAUAAUUUAAUCUUCCGUGGUGAGACAUCACUCCAGGAUGUGAAGUCAUACAUUUAUCUAGUUAUCUUGAUAAUGUUGGAACAACAUUCAUCGUCAAAUUUAUUGAGAAACAAAGAAUGA